CGCAAUUGUGCGCCUCACCAACUUCCCCUUCCUUGCUGUGCCUGUCGGGAAGCCAUAGGAGCGACAGGUCCUGUAUACUAAGGCCUUUUCGAACCCCUGUUACAUUCAUCUCUGGUUUUCACCUGCCCCCUCCCCAUUCGACGCCGAUAUUGAGCGCGUGCUGGCGAUUAGAUCGUCUGCUUGCGGCAGUAACUGGCAGUAACUCACUGCACAUGCAUAUUCGACACGCAUUCUCUUCUGACAAGCAUCGGCCGUCCCAUUCCCCGCAUCGUCAAGCCUGAUUUCGCGCCUGUCCUUUGACGCGGUACGAUUCGAACCUCAAUACCUCGGCCGUAUUUUUUCAACCACCUGUAGGCUGUCCGCAAUGAACCAGCCGCAUCAACAGCAACAAUACGGUCCUCCCCGAAGGACGGGCGCUUAUGGCUCUCAGCAUGACGAAUUGCACAUGCCGCCUGCUGCCAUGAGCCAGUCCUCUGGACAGAUGUCUCCGCGGGAAUACCCUACCGCACCGGGAUCACACAUGAAGCUCGACCAGACGUCUCCCGGUGCCUCUGCCUACCAUAGCGCAUCCUCGGUGCCCAAUGUUCUGCAUCCAGGUGGAAUGGGUGGCGCUCGCCCACCGCCCAUACAGGGCGCUUCUCAGCCGUCGCCGCAACAUCAGCAGCAGCCACACCAGCCUGACUUUGGCUCUUCUUCGAAACCACCGUCGAUUGGCCUCUCCCACAGCUACUCGCGAUCCUCCCCAGCAGCCGGUGCUUACGACGGUCCCUCCUCCUCCUCCUCGUAUGCCCCUUACAUCCCCACUACACCUGGCAGUGGUUCUGCUUCGUCACAAUACAUGUCCCCUCCGGACAAAUACGCUGCGGCAGGCUCUCAGAGGAACGUCUCCAACACUCCCCUUGGCCUCGCUGACAUCCGCCCUCGUACCGACUCGGGAUUAAGUGAUACCAUGCCCGGAUCUCAUGGCUAUGACUUUGCCCAUGCGCAGGCUGGUACCAGCAACUAUCUAGCCCCAUGGGCAAUGUACGCCAUGGACUGGUGCAAGUGGGCACCUCAGGGGAACAGUGCGGGCAAGCUUGCUGUCGCAAGCUACCUGGAGGAUGGGCACAACUUUAUUCAAAUCCUUGAUACCCAAGUUGUUCCUAGCCCUCCAGAAGCUCAACAGCCCGGCUCCUCCAAGUAUAGUCUCGAGUUCUCCAAGAUCGCCGAAGCCACACACUCAUACCCUGUCACUCGGUUGCUUUGGGAACCCCCGUCCUCCCAGAAGCAGUCAACUGACCUCCUGGCCACGUCGGGAGACCACCUUCGUCUGUGGUCCCUUCCGUCCGACGCUGCAUCUUCGCAGUCGCAUACCAACUCCAUCACAAGCCGGUCUGGCCGAGAUCACACUGCCACCAAGCUCACGCCGCUCGCACUGCUCUCGAAUUCCAAGACGCCCGAUCAUACUGCUCCGUUGACAUCUCUGGACUGGAACACUGUGUCCCCGAGUCUGAUCAUCACAUCGAGCAUUGACACGACGUGUACCAUUUGGGACAUUCCCUCCUUGACAGCCAAGACGCAGCUCAUCGCCCACGAUAAGGAAGUCUAUGACGUCCGGUUCUGUGCCAACACGGUGGACGUCUUUGUGAGCUGCGGCCAGGAUGGUAGCGUUCGCAUGUUUGAUCUGCGAAGCCUGGAACACAGCACCAUCAUUUACGAGCCUACCUCCAAGGACGAUAGAGUCGACCCGAAUGGCGGCAGGAUUAGUCCUACGCUCGCCCAACAGACCAUGUCGAACCCGCCACCCCUUCUGAGGCUGGCCACGUCGCCGCACGAUACCCAUCUUCUCGCCACCUUUGCCGCCGAGUCCAACGUGAUCCGUAUCCUCGAUGUGCGGCAGCCCGGCCAAGCCCUCCUCGAAUUGCGCGGUCAUGGUGGAGCCGUCAACUGUGUAGAAUGGUCCCCCUUGCGGAGAGGCACCCUGGCGUCCGGAGGUGACGAUUGCCAGGUGCUCACGUGGGACCUUCUGAACUCGACAGGCUCGGUGAACGGCGGCGGUCAGCCCGAUAACUUCCGGCUCCCAUCGGCCAGCUGGCAGUGCGACUACGAGGUUGGCAACCUCGGCUGGGUACCUCGCCUGGCCAAUGCCGAGUACGGUGAAUGGCUGGGCGUGGGCGCCGGCAGGGGGGUAUGGGGCGUCAAGAUGCCUUGAGCUUUGUUCCGUAGACAAGGGAAGAACUCUGCCACACAUCGUCUCCAGCUGUGUGGCUCUGGCUCUUGGUGGACUUGGCAUACUUGCGGAAGCCCGGCGUUCAGGGGAUCGGCUUUACGCUCUGUGGUGAUAUUUCGAUGCGCACACCUCGACGGAAUUGACUUGGUUCUAACCGCUCACGAAGAAAUGGGAUGACGCCAAAAAGGACUGAUGUCAUAACCCGAGAUGAUUCUCGGCCUUGUUGCGGAGGAAGGGUGGAUAGUCUAGAUGUGUGGGGGUUUUUCUUUUGUUCCUACUUUCGGUAUGUGGUUGGUGGUCACUUUGUCUUCCAGGUGUUGUCUUCCACAAUCGGAGACGUUCUACAACCUCAUAUCUAGGCCUGUUUUCGCCCCAUUGUCUACCGUGAUGACAGCUUUCCCCCAGACUUUUCUGGCAUUUAAAUCAUUCAACGCCCGGGGC